UAUGUGUGUUAUUAACAGGGUUUGCUAUUGCGGGCCAAGUUGGAGCACGGUUGCAAAGCCGGUGCUCUCAUGGCGCCAAGGUGGGGCCACUGGGUUGCAGGCCUUGGAGUCUUUCUCUGCUGGCGCGAGGCCCAGAGAGAAUGGAUAAAGGAAGUGUUGAAGACAAAGAAAUUUGGAAAACAAACUGUCUAACUUCGACAGAGACAUGGACAAUGGAUUAGUUUUAUGGCAAAAAUGAACAGUGUAGGUUCGUUUUUACAGAAGAUGAAAGGAAAGGAAAGAAUUAGAAUAGGAAGAUAAAGAUGAGCAGGGGAGGGUCUUAAGUUCAAAGUGCGUUAGGAAGCGCUUUGGGGUUAAACCGCCGGAAUGUUAGAUCGACGUGAUCUGCAAGUUUGUCGUGAAGGAGGACUGGGAGUGUGAGGAAUCAAGAUGCUCUGCGGCUGAGUGAACGUGGAUUGGGGAGACACAAGGUCGUUGCGACCAGGACACGGCAAGCGGCAGCAUUGACAUGUGCGGAGCAGUUGUGCACGUUAUUUGUUGUGGUACCCAUUCCUUGGUUUCAUGUAGGUGAUGCGAUUGUUGCGGGAUUGCAGAGUCUCGGCAUUGUGGCUAGGGCUCAUAGGUUCGGAGGAAUUGGGUUCAGACUGGAAUUGGGGGUUUUCCAAAAGAAAUUGUGAAGAGUAUGCGUGUUUGAUGCGCCGUUGUUCUCAUUUUUUUGGUUGUAGGAAUUUUUAAUCUCGUGGAUUUGGGUUGAUGUGUUGGUGGAAGGUUUGAUUGAGAGAACUAUACAUUCCUUCGCUGAGAAUUUUCUCGUGAAGAGGGGUGUCGAUUUAUUUUUGUUUCAAGCUUGAUAGGUUGUCGCGUGGUAGUGUAACGGGCAGGUAGUCAAAGCGGAGGAGGACGAGGCAUCAAGGGUGUGCUCUUGCUGGUCGAUUGCGUCAGUUUCGUGAAGGUCCUUUUGGGUUUGUGGUGGAGCAUUGUGACCGCCAGUAACAAUCGACAGGCAACACAGAUUACCCUAACAUAGCGCAAAUUUAUUCGUCGAAGAAGCAAGUGGAGCUAGCAUUGGCCAAGAUGGGGUGGGUGGGAGAUCAUGGGGAAGCUGACAGGGAAGCGAGCCAACCCUUGACUGCCGCGGCAGUGCCCAAGGAUGACUACAACAUAGCGUACAUCAUUUUCUUCAUUCUCGGCGCCGGCUUCCUUCUGCCAUGGAAUUCGUUUAUCAGUGCUGUAGACUAUUUCGAUGUAUUAUACCCAAACUCCCACGUGGACCGAGUGUUUUCUCUCGCUUAUAUGGUCCCUUGUUUCACCUUCUUGCUGAUUCUCACUUUCUACGGCCAGAAGUAUUCGUCGCGACUUCGAAUCAACACUGGCUUGUUUGUCUUCCUCGCCGUUUUCAUAUUAGUGCCUGUUAUGGAUGAGGUGUGGAUCACUGGCAGCAAAGGCACUAAGACGACGCAUGUCAUGACAGUCGCAGCAGCGUGUGUGCUUGGUCUUUGUGAUGCUCUAGUGCAAGGAAGUCUUGUGGGAGCAGCGGGCGAGCUUCCGGAGCGCUACAUGCAGGCUUUAUUUGCAGGGACAGCUGCCUCAGGUGUGCUUGCAUCCCUUCUACGAGUUAUAACAAAGGCCUCAAUGUCUCAGACAGUCAGAGGGUUGAGGUUGAGUGCGGAUGUGUACUUCAUUGUGACCGGUAUAUUUCUGCUAAUCUGUCUCUUCUCCUACAACCUAGUUUAUAAGCUGCCUAUUAUGCUACAUUACAACAGCAUGAAGAUCGGAGCAAUGGAAUCUACCCUAUCAACAGGUGGACCUCGCAACGUCAGUGAAUUGGGUUUGAAAAUGGACACAACCGAGAUUUCCCUCGUCACGACUUUAGAUUCAGAGCUGACCAAUUUUGCUAAACCUGUUAGCUACUGGCACGUGUGGAGUCAAAUCCAGUGGUUAGCAAUCUCGGUGGCAAUGUUGUAUGUAAUUACCUUGACCAUCUUCCCUGGAUAUAUCUCCGAAGACGUGCAUUCAGCCUUCUUUGGGGACUGGUACCCUGUGUUGCUCAUUGCAACUUACAACAGUGGGGACCUGACCGGGAAGAUCCUCACCAGCGUGUACAUGUUGGAGAAUCAAAGCUUCAUGGUCAGGGCUUGCUUCGGAAGGAUCAUCUUUAUCCCUUUGUUCUACGCAAUUAUACACGGACCAGCAAUUUUCCGCACAGAAGCUCCCGUGUUUCUUUUGACAUUCUUGCUGGGGCUGUCGAACGGCUAUUUGACUAGCGUUGUAAUGAUCGUGGCGCCGAAGAAUGUCUCUAUACUUGAGGCAGAGACCGCAGGCAUCAUCAUGACCCUUUUUCUAGCCACCGGCCUAUGCUCAGGCUCGCUACUCGGGUGGGUUUGGAUCAUCUGAACAGUCGUUUGUAGGUGUCACAGAAACAUUCUCCAGUGUGGAGCAGUUGGAGGUUUUCGUGCACUUGGAAUCUCUAUCAUUUCGCAAGGUACAAGUGCUUGUAUAGGUAAUCUCGUUAGCCUCGAAUAAGUCAGUUGUCACAAACAUCUACUGUAAACUUCCCAUUUGUAGUUAAAAGCUUACAAUAUGUCUCCUUCAACAUUAGCUUAGAAGAGACUCCUUUGUUGGAAGCCAUCUCUAGGCUUCAAUAUACAUUACUAUUUAUGUAUUCUUUCUGAGACACCCCUCGCAGUCGGUACGUCUCCAUUCUUUGUAUAAGACGGAACACUCUACGCUUUCCACUUUGAAUA